GUGAGUCACGCUGUGGAGGAGGGGAGAUCAUUCAGGAUGCCGGAGCCAGUCAAAAAAAACGUUUCAGCAUUUGCCAAGAAACCAAAGACUCAGGCGGCAGAGGAGGGGUCCUCUGUGCUGUUUGAAGCAGAAACCGAGAAGUCUGACGCUAAAGUAAAAUGGCAGUGCAACUCAAAGGACAUCUCAAGCAGCGGCAAAUUUGUGAUCACAGCCAACGGAAAAAAGCACUCCCUCGCUAUGAAAGAAAUAACCAAGGAGGACGCUAAUGUCUAUGCAGUGAUUGCUGGGGGGUCAAAGGUCAAGUUUGAGCUGAAGGUCACAUCAAAGCCAGAAGCUCCAGCUGAGCCCACUACUGAUGCACCUGGUGCUGAACCAGAACAGGCCCCCGCUCCACCUGCAGCAGAAUCAAAUGGGGUCGAGUCCGCGCCACCAGCUAACGAUGCACCUCUGGCAAACGACCCUCCGCCCGCCACCGAUGCUCCACCUGCCACCGAAGCUCCACCCGCCAAAGACGCUCCUCAAGCUGAGGACGAACAGGCUCCAGACACCAGACAGGACCUGAUUGGAAUCUUCACAGAGAAACCCCAGAGUGGAGAAGUGACUGUUGGUGGAAACAUCACGUUUGUGGCUAAAGUGAACGCUGGGUCAUUACUGAAGAAACCCACCGUUAAAUGGUUCAAAGGGAAGUGGAUGGACCUCGCCAGCAAGUCUGGGAAACACCUUCAGCUGAAGGAGGCGGUCGACCGCAACACUAAGGUCUACACCUUCGAGAUGCUCAUCAUCGAAGCCAAGCCGAACUUUGCCGGAGCUUACAGAUGUGAGGUUUCAUCCAAGGACAAGUUUGACAGCUGCAAUUUUGAAUUGAGCGUGCAUGAGGCGAGUGCUCCUGAGGGCUUCGACAUAAGAGCAGCAUUCAGGCGCACGAGUGAAGCUGGAAGGAAGAGGACAGGACCAUCAGCAAGUAGCACCGAUGGAAAAGAAGACUCAGGAGAGCUGGAUUUCAGCACCUUAUUAAAGAAGAGCAGCAGUUUCUUAAAAACCUCACAUCGAGCCGUGCAGGUGCACACGGAGCCCGACGUGGACGUGUGGAAUAUCCUCAGCCACGCUCCUGCCUCAGAAUUUGAGAAGAUUGCUUUUCAGCAUGGCAUCACCGACCUGAGGGGCAUGCUGAAGCGACUGAAGAAGAUGAAGAAGGAAGAGAAGAAAAGUGAAGCUUUCCUGAAAAAGUUGGAUCCUGCCUACCAAGUGAAAAAGGGGCAGAAAAUAAAACUUGCAGUGGAGGUCGCCAAUUCAGAUGUUGAGGUGAAAUGGCUGAAGAACGGGCAGGAAAUCCAUCCGACUGGAAGCAAGUACAUAUUUGAGAGUGUCGGCAACAUGCGCUACCUCACCAUCAACCACUGCUCGCUGGCGGAUGACGCUGCGUAUUGCUGUGUGGUGGGGGAGGAGAAGUCCACCACCGAGCUCUUUGUUAAAGAGCCUCCGAUCCUGAUCGUGAAGACUCUGGAGGACCAGAUGGUCAUGAAUGGUGAGCGGGUGGAGUUGGAGUGUGAAGUCUCAGAGGAAGGAGCCAAUGUGAAAUGGGAGAAAGACGGCGUGGAACUGACAAGAGACGAGUCCUUCAAGUAUCGCUUCAAGAAGGACGGCUGCAAACACGUUCUGAUCAUUAACGAGGCCACCAAGGAAGACUGCGGCCACUACAAGGUUAAAACCAACGGCGAUGAGUCAAUGGCUGAACUCCUGGUGCAGGAGAAAGAGCUGGAGGUCUACCAGAGCAUCGCCGACCUCACGGUGAAGGCCAAGGAUGAGGCCGUUUUCAAGUGUGAGGUGUCGGAUGAGAACGUGAAGGGAACCUGGUUUAAGAACGGCAUAGAGGUCAAGCCUGACGCCAGAAUAAAAAUCACACAUAUCGGAAGGAACCACAAACUGACCAUUGACGAGGUCAAACCAGAGGAUGAGGGGGACUACACUUUUGUGCCAGACGGCUACGCUUUCAACCUUUCUGCCAAACUCAAUUUCUUGGAGGUGAAGAUCGAUUUCGUGCCGCGUCAAGAUCCUCCCAAGAUCCACCUGGACUGUAUGGGUCGUACCACUGACUCAACCAUUAUCGUGGUGGCUGGAAACAAACUGCGUCUGGACGUCCCCAUCACUGGAGACCCGGCACCCACAGUGAUCUGGACCAAAGGAGAGAAGGCUAGUUCUGUAAAACCUGAUGGAGGAGAGAAAGGACGGUCGGCAACCUCUUGGACCGUGAAGGAUGGUGAAAUCGUCACAGAGGGAGACAGCAGGGUCCAUGUUGAUAGCACCAAGGGCCACUGUGUCUUCACCAUCGAGGGCGCUGAGAGGCAGGACGAGGGCAUCUAUUCUGUCGUGGUCAGAAACCCUGCAGGGGAGGACACUGCAGAUAUCAACGUGAAAGUUGUUGAUGUUCCAGAUCCCCCCCAGGCUCCCAGAAUCCUCAGCGUGGGGGAGGACUCAUGUGUCGUCCAGUGGGAUCCCCCGUCUUUUGACGGCGGACAGCCAAUCACCGGCUAUGUGCUGGAGAGAAAGAAGACGAAGGGCUACAGGUGGAUGAGGCUGAACUUUGACCCAUACUCUGAAACCACCUUCGAGGCCAAGAGGAUGAUUGAAGGAAUUCCGUACGAAAUGCGAGUGUACGCCGUCAACAGCAUCGGCAUGUCUCGUCACAGUCAGGCCUCGCAGCCCUUUGUGCCAGUGGCCCCCACGAGUGAGCCCAUCGGAUUGUGUGUCGACGACAUCAAUGACACUUCCAUCUCACUGAAGUGGCGACCGCCUGAGAGGAUCGGCGCGGCUGAACUCGAGGGUUAUGGGGUUGAGUACUGCAAGGAGGGCACUGAUGAGUGGAUACCGGCCAUGGAGGGUCUGACUGACCGGACGUCACUGGUCGUCCGGGGUCUCACCACCGGGGACAGGCUGCAGUUCCGUGUUCGAGCCUUCAACAUGGCGGGACCCAGCGGCGCCUCCACUAUGGCUCAACCCAUCACCAUCAGAGAGAUAAUGCAGCGCCCAAAAAUAUGGCUUCCCAGAAGUCUCCGCCAGACUCUCAUCAAGAUAGUUGGAGAUUCAGUCAACAUUAUGAUUCCAUUCCAGGGGAAGCCCAGGCCUAAGGUGACAUGGAGCAAAGACGGGGAGCCUCUAGACGCCACGUUCGCUAGUGUGAGGAACAGCGACCUGGACACGAUCCUCUUCAUCCGCAAGACGGAGAGAAAACACUCGGGGAAGUAUGAUCUCCACGUGCAGAUUGAAAACGUGGAAGACACAGCGAGUCUCACUCUGCAGAUUGUUGAUCUGCCCGGGCCUCCUGAGGCUCUGAAGAUCAUGGAUAUCUGGGGCUUCAAUGUGGCGCUCGAGUGGAAACCGCCUAAAGACAACGGCAACUGUGAGAUCCUUGGUUACCUUGUUCAGAAAGCUGAGAAGAAAACCAUGGAAUGGUUUACUGUCUACGAUCAGUACCGGCGAACCAACUGCAUCGCGUCUGACCUCAUCAUGGGCAAUGAGUACGUCUUCCGCGUCUCUGCCAUCAACCUGGUGGGCAUCAGCGACGAGGCCUGCAACACCAAAGACAGCGCUAACAUCAGCAAGACAGGUAUCGAGUACAAGCCGCCAAGCUACAAGGACGCUGACUUCACAGAGGCUCCCAAGUUCACGCAUCCUUUAGUGAACCGUUCUGUCAUCGCGGGAUACAACGCAACGCUCAGCUGCUCAGUCAGAGGCAUACCAAAGCCUAAAGUGACCUGGUACAAAAACAAGAUGGACAUCUCAAAUGAAGCCAAGUACCGGAUGCUCAGUAAGCAGGGCAUCCUGACACUGGAGAUCCGUAAGCCCUGUACCUUCGACGGGGGGGUGUAUACGUGCAAAGCAGUCAACGACAGCGGAGAGGACGUGGUGGAGUGUAAACUGGAGGUUCGGCCUCAAAUUGCUAGAGAAGAAAAGAAAGCUGAAAUUAAAGCGGCCCCAGCUGCGGACUGAGGAGAAGGUCGAUCAGUUUCCAGCGAGCCGACUCCUGAACGUCGUCUGUUUUGUGUCAUGAGAAACUUUUCACCUGCAUCUUCACCCGUUUG